CGCAAGGAGGGAGUCGGGGGAGGGAGGCGAGCUGUCUGUGCCCCGAGACAGCGGUAAUAGUGGCCAGUUUAGCGCUUGCCAUGCAUUCUCUUAUCUAGGCCUCACCUCCGCAUGAGCAGGUAGUACUGUUGCCUUCUCCUUUUUAUGGACGGCAUCCUGAAGUCCAAAGAGGGUAGGCCAUUUCCGGGGUCACACGGGAGGUCCUUGAAGUCCGCGCUGCAGGACCCCAGCACCCCUCCGUGUGCGGCGCUGCCACCUGCGACCUCGAGGACGUCGUCACGGACCAAAAGCCAUGGCCUCGAGGUCUCCUUCCUCGAGCCAGGAGCAGCCACUUGUAUCAUUCCCUUCCGUGGCAAAGAACCUGUAUCUGCAAAAUUAAGUGAGAUUGGCGUUCUGACUUUGUAUCUCAUGCAUAGAGCAAAGCGGGACUGUGCUGAUGGAGUCAGUUACUUGGUCAGCAGUUACUUGAUCAGUCUCAUUAUUCUCCUGGCAGUUGUUAUAUGUACUGUGGCAGCCAUUGUGUGUGUCAGCAUGAAAGGAACCAUUUGUAACCCUGGACCUCGGAAGUCUAUGACUAAACUGCUUUAUAUCCGCCUGGCACUCUUUUUGCCAGAGAUGCUCUGGGCUUCUCUGGGGGCUGCCUGGAUAGCAGAUGGUAUUCGUUGUGAUAAGACAGUUGAGAAUGGCAUCAUCAUAACUGUCAUUGUCAGUUGGAUCAUCAUCAUCACCACUGUGGUUACCGUUAUCAUUGUCUUUGACCCCCUGGGGGGGAAAAUGGCUCCAUAUUCCUCUGCUGGUCCCAGUCACCUUGAUACUCAUGAUUCUAGCCAGUUUCUUAAUGGCCUCAAGACAGCAGCUACAAGCGUGUGGGAAAGCAGAAUCAAGAUCUUGUGCUGUUGCGUUGGGAAAGAUGACCAUACUCGAGUUGCUUUUUCGAGUACGGCAGAGCUUUUCUCAACCUACUUUUCAGACACAGAUCUGGUAGUCAGUGACAUUGCAGCAGGUCUUGCUCUUCUCCGUCAGCAACAGGACAGUAUCAGGAAUAACCAGGAGCCUGAUGAGGUAAUCGGCCACUCCCCAGGGCCCUCCCAGGAAGCUGAUUUGGAUGCAGAAUUAGAAAAUUGCCGCCAUUAUAUGCAGUUUGCAGCAGCUGCCUAUGGGUGGCCACUCUACAUUUAUAGAAACCCAUUUACAGGGCUGUGCAAGAUUGGUGGUGACUGUUGCAGAAGCAGAACAACAGAAUAUGACUUGGUUGGAGGUGAUCCGCUAAACUGUCAUUUUGGCUCUAUCCUGAAAACUACAGGGCUACAGUAUAGGGAUUUCAUUCACAUAAGCUUUCAUGACAAGGUAUAUGAGCUGCCAUUUUUAGUGGCUCUGGAUCACAGGAAGGAGUCUGUUGUGGUAGCCGUGAGAGGGACCAUGUCUCUGCAGGACAUCCUUACUGAUCUGUCAGCGGAGAGUGAAGUACUCGACAUACAGUGUGAGGUACAAGACUGUUGGGCACACAAGGGGAUUUCUCAGGCUGCCAGAUAUGUUUACCGACGCCUUAUCUAUGAUGGGAUUUUGAGCCAAGCCUUCAGCAUAGCUCCUGAAUACCAGCUUGUAAUCGUGGGGCACAGCCUUGGGGGUGGAGCUGCUGCCCUGUUAGCCAUCAUGCUCAGAGCCUCAUACCCACAAGUCAGGGGCUAUGCCUUCUCCCCACCCCGGGGAUUGUUAAGCAAAUCUCUUUAUGAAUACUCUAAGAACUUCAUUGUGUCAGUUGUCCUAGGAAAGGAUGUGAUUCCCAGGUUAAGUGUGACCAACUUGGAAGAUUUGAAGAAAAGAAUCUUGCGAGUGAUUGCUAACUGUAAUAAGCCUAAGUACAAGAUCUUGCUGCAAGGGUGCUGGUAUGAACUGUUUGGAGUGAACCCUGACAACUCUCCAACUGAGCUGGAUGGGGACAACCAGGGAGACCUGACGCAGCCCCUUCUCGGGGAACAGAGUCUAUUGACACACUGGUCCCCAGCCUACAGCUUCUCCAGCGAUUCUCCCCUGGACUCUCCACCCAAAUAUCCCCCUCUGUUUCCUCCUGGAAGGAUCAUCCACCUAGAGGAAGAGGACAGCUCAGGGAGGUUUGGCUGCUGUUCUACUGCUCAGUAUAGUGCAAAGUGGUCACAUGAAGCGGAAUUCAGCAAAAUACUCAUAGGCCCAAAGAUGCUAACAGACCAUGUGCCAGAUGUUCUUAUGAGAGCCUUGGACAGUGUGGUCUCCAACACAGCAGCCUGUAUCUCCUGUCCAGCACAAGAGGUCUCUAAUGUGGAUGUGGCAUAACCAGGGCUACUACAAACUGUCCCAGGAACUGUCCUGCUUUUGUUCUUAAACUGUCCUGAGUGACACCUGUGAUGCCAACAUAGCAAGUUAUCUUUCAGCAGGAAUUGGAUGGGUACUAAGUUUGAUGGUCUUCCAAAUGACCAAACAACUUAUGGCAAAUAAUUUUGGUCAUAAUAAUAGGCAGGAGAGUUCAUUGAGGUGAUGGAACUGCUGAUGCUGACAGUGAACAUGGCGAGAACCUCAGGAAGCCCUGUUUGUUAUCCUGGCCCAGAGAUCAUUUGGCCAUCUGAGAACUGUCAUUGAAGAACCUAAAGAGAUCUAUAGACUCCUACCCAACAGGCAACCCUUUUCACUAAACUUGGCUUAAAGGUGUGCAGUUUAUUCAGAGUCUUCCUGACUAUACAAACAGAACCAUCAUGAAGGUGCAGCCUAGAGUUUUCUCCUGGGUUACUCAAGUGCAGCCCAGGGCUCUGAGAAUGCAGACAAAAUCUUGUUGAGAAAGUGAGUGGAGACUACGGCUCCUGCCCUUCACAGAGCUGUAGCACUUCAGCUUGUUUACAUUAUCCGGAUAUUUUGGCAACAAGUUGAUUAAUUCUGAAGUAUGCUUCUGGCUCUGAGGUCACCCAUUGGAUUUAGAGAGAGUUUUAAAAAAAACUGGCUUGGUGCCAGCCACAUACACCUGAGCUGGCGUGUUCAAAUCCAGCCCGAGCCCGCCAAACAGCAAUGACGGCUGCAACCAAAAAAUAGCCGGGCGUUGUGGCAGGUGCCUGUAGUCCCAGCUACUUGGGAGGCUGAGGUAGGAGAAUUGCUUGAGCCCAAGACUUGGAAGUUGCUGUGAGCUGUGAAGCCACGGUACUGUACCCAGGGCGACAGCUUGAGGCUGUCUCAAAAAAUAAUAAUAAAAAUAAAUAAAGCACAUGUCAUUACAG